AUGAAGCAAAGCAGGCAAUCGCAGCGGGAUUCCGACGACGGCGCUUCGGCUCCGUCGAACAAUCUCUGGGUGGGGAAUCUGGCGCAGGACGUGACGGACGCGGAUCUCAUGGAGCUCUUCGCCAAGUACGGCGCCCUCGACAGCGUCACUUCUUACUCGUCGAGGAGCUACGCCUUCGUCUUCUUCAAGCGCGUAGAGGACGCCAAGGCCGCCAAGGAUGCCCUCCAAGGCGCGGCGAUCCACGGCUCGCCGUUGAAGAUCGAGUUUGCCAGACCGGCCAAGCCUUCAAAGUCGUUAUGGGUUGGCGGAAUCAGCCCUACAUUAUCCAGGCUGCAGUUGGAGGAAGAGUUCCAGAGCUUUGGUAAACUUGAGGAUUUCAAGUUUCUCAGAGACCGGAACACUGCAUUCGUUGAAUUUUGUAAGCUGGAAGAUGCCGUAGUAGCCAUGAAAAGCAUGAAUGGGAAGCGAAUUGCUGGUGAACAGAUUCGUGUGGAUUUCCUUCGGUCUCAACCUUCAAGAAGAGAACACGUCCAUGACUAUCGUGAUUCAAGAGAGAAUCAGUUCUCCGUGGCACAACCCGGACUAAAGCGAUCUCAGCAACCCAUGUCCUCUGGUGGGCGAAGAGAAGGUCAACCUAGUACUAUAUUGUGGGUAGGUUAUCCCCCGGCCCUGCAGAUCGACGAACAAAUGCUCCACAAUGCCAUGAUUCUAUUUGGUGAGAUUGAGAGAAUCAAGAGUUUCCCUUCAAGGCACUACUCAUUUGUGGAAUUCAGGAGUGUUGAUGAAGCUCGUAGGGCCAAAGAAGGUUUGCAAGGGCGCCUAUUUAACGAUCCUCGUAUAACCAUCAUGUUUUCAAGCAGCGGGUCGGCUCCAGGGAAAGAGUAUUCUACAUACUACCCUGGAAAUAAAGGAAGGUCAGAUGAGUUUGGAACGGGGCAAUUGGAGAUGCAUGAUUAUCAGCAGCAGUCAAUCCAUGGACCUUUUAGUCAUCAAGGUGGUGGUUUGGAUCAAUUAAACUCGAAUGGCCAGCUGACUCCAACCUGGCGGAGGCCCUCUCCACCGACAGCUGGCAUCCUUCCUUCUCCCGGGUCUAGGAUCAGGCCAUCGAUGAAGUCUGGUACUAGUGGGUGGGACGUGCUUGAUACGAAUCAGUAUCAGAGGGAACCAAAAAGAUCGAGGAUUGGAAUUCCAGAUGAUGACUCUUUCCCACUAAGAAAUAACGUUGAUGAUCGUGGCUUAGGAUUAAGCAGAUCAAAUGCACUUGGUCCUCUAAGUGAUAAAAUAGCUUUGAAUCGCUUUGGAAAUGCGCCAGGAAACAACAGUGCAAGGGGUGAAGCAGAUUUUAUUUGGCGUGGUGUCAUUGCCAAGGGCGGGACGCCAGUCUGUCAUGCUCGUUGUGUCCCUAUCGGGGAUCUUAUGGAAUCUGAAUUUCCUGAAGUUGUCAAUUGCUCAGCCAGAACAGGACUUGACAUGCUGGCAAAACACUAUUCCGAAGCCAUAGGAUUCGACAUUGUCUACUUCUUACCAGACAGCGAAGACGAUUUCGCUUCCUACACCGAAUUCCUCCGUUACUUGGGCUCCAAAAACCGUGCUGGUGUUGCCAAGUUUGACGACGGCACCACACUUUUCCUGGUCCCACCAUCAGAUUUCUUGACAGAUGUCUUGAAAGUCCAUGGACCUGAACGUCUUUAUGGCGUAGUUCUGAAGCUGCCCCCACAACAGCAGUUGCCCAGUAACAAUUUACAGCUGCAACAUCACCCAAUGCAGCACCUCUCUCAUAAUUUUGCUAGGGAUCAUCAGCUUCCUCCUGAAGCUGACUACAAUGCUUACCAUCAUCAUCCAAAGGAAGAACAGCAUGGGUUGGCACUAGAUUAUAAUGGGGUGAUGCAUGAUGAGUCAUCAAAGCUUCCUUCAAAACAGUUUUAUCCAUCGGUCGCUGAAUCCCCGUCAGCAGCAUCUCUUUCACGAGACUAUCCUGCCACAAACAAUGCAGCUCCAGUAUCAACUACUGGAGUUUCCUUGACACCAGAACUGAUAACCUCUCUUACAUCCCUACUACCUGCAAUAGCCCAAGUGCCUGGGCCUGCAAGUAGUCAGCCUGCACCGGGUGUGUCUACUACGAGGCAUUUUUCUUCAGCUGGAACUCCCCCACAGGGAUGGAAGCCUGACUAUUAUGGUGGAAACCCUAAUAAUAACAAUAAUCUACAGCAGCUAGGGGCUCAACCCAAUUCUCAGCCACAGUUUCAGUCUCAGUAUCAGCCAUAUCCCCAGGUCAACCAGCAGAUUAUAAAUCACUCCAAUGCGAACUUAUCACAUCAGGUGGCAGCUCAAUCUAGGCCAAUGAACAGUUUUCCUGUGGUGUCUCAGAGUGGGCAGAUGGUUUACCCUCCCCAGGUCAGCCAGCAGCAAUAUCAUCAGCUUGAUCCCUAUGGAACUCAAAAUAGUUAUGGAAUGGUUCAUGGGUCAUCUGAUGCUCCUGUUCCAUACAACCCAUCUGUUGUUCAGCAGCCUCAUAACCCUGUUCCAACGCCUAGUCAUGCUCCAGUUGCUAAUUAUUUACCAACGCAGUCUGGAAUUCCACAGUCAAGUGUGGAUCACCAGAACCAGGCGGCGCAGUUGCAAGCUCAGCAGUCUGGAGCUGGUGUUCAAAGCACGUCGGAAACUGAAAUUGACAAGAACCAACGGUACCAGUCGACAUUGCAGUUUGCUGCUAACCUCCUCCUUCAAAUACAACAGCAGCAGCAAACGAAUGCUUCAGCUGCUCCUGGAUCAGGAAAUCAGCAAUGA